CGGUUAUGUGGGUUAAUUCUUCGAAAUAAUUACCUAAAAAUCAAGACAAAUAACCUCUUAAAACAUAUUAAAUUACACUGAUAAAAUUGAAAAAGAAACAAUUGGUACUCUCAUAAUUCAACUUGGAUAAGUUUCAAAAUGAUUUGGGGCAUAGAAUCUCAUAAAUGUGAAAUUUGUUGCUAUGUGCAAAUACCGUUGAUAUAAGUUAAAGUCCUAUAAAUAUUAGGAAUUCAUGAUCAAAAAUCUGAAAACUAAAUCAAAAUAAAAGAUCAUUUCAGGUAAUUAUUAGGUAUCAGAAAAAUAGAAAUAGAAAUAUAAAAUUAGGAAAAUUGAAAGUUCAGGGAGAUAUUACCAAUUAAUAAUAUGCUUUUUGGCUAUUGACAACGUAAGGUGCGACUUUUCUUUUUUCUUUUACGUGAUGAAUUUGUACUUGACUGGUUCAAUGAAUCUAUUCAUUUAACUUGUCAAAUAGUUUAUCUGAUUUAUUAAAUGGACGACGUAUAGCUGAACUGAAAAGUUUGAUGUUCCGUGAUCAUCAAAUUGUAGAUAACCUAAUUAAUAAUCCCCAAUAUUAAUUAAAGUAACUUAUUGACAAAUGACAAUUACGUCUAUCAAUUUAUGAAGUUAUUAAUUGAUGAUUUGACAAUUUAAUUUGCUUAUUUUUCCCCUCUUUGGAUGUGAACAUGAGUUUGGAUUAUCAGUUUAUCAUAUACAAAACAUAUGGCUAUAAUAUUUGUUUAGAAGAUAAUAUCAAAAAGGAAAACAUACAGAAACAAACAAUAGGAGACGUUGAGAAUUUUCUUUCUAAAACCUCUUCAAGAAACGCCAACCAUUCAACCAAUAAUCUGGUUGAAUUAGUUUAACCACUUUGUAUUACAUUGAAUUAACUAACAUAAAUUAUUUCUCACUAGAAAAAAAUGGAGAGAUAAAUAUAGUUUAACCACUUUGUAUUACAUUGAAUUGACAAACAUAUAUUAUUUCUAAUUAGAAAAGUUACAUAUAACGUAAUCCACAUUAAAGUAAUUAAAUGAUAGAUAUCUUUUAAUAUAGAACCAACUCAAUUAUUGACAAUUUUUUUUAUUUAUUUGAGAACAGAUUUUAUAUAGAUGAUGUUCCAAUCAGAGAAAUUGUACGUAAUGAUGCAAUGGGAGGAGACUACCCAUCAAAACCAAUGGGAUUAUAUGCAACAAUAUGGGAUGCUUCAGAUUGGGCUACUUCAGGAGGCAAAUAUAAAACAAAUUACAAAUAUGCACCAUUUAUAGCUGAAUUUACUGAUUUAGUACUAAAUGGAUGUGCAAUGGAUCCAUUGGAACAAGUAGUAAACAACCCUAGUUGUGAUGAGAAAGAUGAUGAACUUCAAAAGGCAGAAUUUUCAAGGAUUACACCAAGACAAAGAAUGGCCAUGAAAAGAUUUAGGUCAAAAUAUAUGUAUUAUUCUUAUUGUUACGAUUCUUUGAGGUAUUCAGUGCCACCACCAGAAUGCGAGAUAGAUCCAGUUGAACAACAACAUUUCAAAGAGACGGGGAGAUUGAAGUUUAACAAGCACGGCCACCAUCGUCAUUCAAAGAGAACAAGAAGUCAAGUUCUUGAUGCUAGGAACCAUGGAAAUCAAGAUGAAGAGUGAUUUUUGUUUACCAUUGUUGUGUGUAGAUAUAUAAAAGGAGGGAAAAAGUGAUUGUUUUUUUGUUUUUUUUGCUAGAGUGGAGGGUGGAAAAAUGAUGAUAAAAUUAUUUUAGUAUGACACUGAUUGAGUUAUGUUGUAUAUAAAUAAAAGGGGUUAUUACUCAUUUAUAAUAGAAGAUCUUUUGUGAUAUGAAA